AGCACUCCACUUCGUUUUCUUUUGUCACGCCGUUCAGGUGGACCUCGCGGUGAUGCUGCAGCGCAUAUAAACUAAAAGAAAGCAUCUUCACAGCGCAAACGACAGAAAAGCACAGCACACCAUCUUCUCCUCCUCCUAGCCGCGUUGACCGCCGUGACCACUGCGGUGCUGCAGCGUCGGUGCGCCAGAGAGAACCGUGCUGGAUAGCGCAGACCAGCGCUGCCAAACACGGCCACCGUGUAAAAUUCUUUGCGUUCAACGACAUCACAAUUUGUGCAGAGCCAGCUUUGCUUUUUCUCUUUUGUUUUCACUUCAAACCUCCAAAAAAAAAGGGAAGGAGGAGGAGAAGUCAAACAAAACAAAUAGGCCCACUUACUUCCUUUAGACAUUUAGAAAUAUACACAGACCCCAGCCCCUCCAUAGACUUACAGCACCCCACUCUUCCGGCUUUUUCCUCUUCGUUCUCACUCCAAUCGAUAGACACCGCGCGAGAGCAACGUCGUUGCCCGGUGGGCAGCCGCACAUAGGCCCAAUCGCUCUCUCUCUCUCCUCGCUCUUCGCUGUUGUUGUUCUCAUCAUUAUUGCUAUUCAUUGACAGUCUUAGAGAAAAGGGGAAAAAAAUAGAGAAGAUGAGCUCCGAUGCGCAGGCGCUGGUGCGCCAACUCACAGAAAACCCCGACGUGCUUGAGAGCAUGCAGCACAUGCUGUCUCUGCUCCGCGCGAACCCGCCCAGGCCUGUGCUGGGUGCCGCCACAGAAUCAAAACCAAGCACACAGCGGGUACGUCCGCCGCGGACAGGGUACGACGACAGCGAUGUGCUGGUCAGCGCGGAUCAACGCUUGGACCGUAACGCUGCCGCCGGCGUCAACCACAACGGCAACUAUUACAGCCGCCAUCGCACUGAUGACGAAAUCAUCGGCGACGACGGCAAGGACGAAAGCGGCGCCUCCUCUCCAUUGCCGUCGCUGGCGGAUGUCGACCAACGUGGUGGUGGUGGUGGUGGUCGCGGUCGGGGCCGACCACCGCGCCGGUCCUCACAGCUGCAGCAGCAACAGCCACAACAGCAGCAGCAGUCAUCGGCUCGGAGUGCGACAACGGCAGUGGCGGAGUCGGAGGAACUCCUCGCUACCUCCAAGAAGCUGAGCGACGCGCAGCGGCGCAUAGCAGACCUCGAGCAGGCGCUCCAGCGCACGACGCAGCGCGUCGAUCAGCUGCGCGAGGUGGUGGACAAGCAGAAGGGUGAACUACAGGAGGCGCAGGACCGGCACAUGUUGGAGUUGGAGGAGAUGCGCCACGCCUAUGACGCUGUGGUGCAACGCAAGGACGAGGUGCAAGAAGCGGCGCUGCGGCAGCUGAUGAAGUCACGCCAGUUGAUGAUGUCGGCAGCGAAAUACGAGGCGGCCGUGGCUGCGAAGAAGAGAGAAAAGGAGAACCACAGGAGCGCAGCGCAUACGCCGAGCUCCGCUGCUGCGGUGGGUCUCACGGCGAGUGCGACGGCCGUCAACACACGAAACUCGUCGCAUUUGCUGGUCAGCGGUGUGAAGCGCGAGCGGCAGGAGGACGCGCCCGAAGAGCGCCACGACGAGGCCAAGCAAGACGUCUACUACUUCUACAACGAGCAGCCCCCACCACAGCAGCCGCGGCAGCAGGCGUUGAAGCACACGACAUCCGACUCCUGGGGCACGCCAGCGCGGAGCCACAACAGCCACCACCCGUACGGCAGCGGCACGAAGGUUGUCUACACAAAGACGGAAUCGCCGGAGUUCAUUACGUCACCGACGCCCACAACCAAGUCGGCCGCCGCGAUGAUGGGCGGUGGUGGCAGCGGCGGUGCGGGAGCCCGCACGCAGUCCCGCAGCACACGGAAGCGUCGCACGCCACGCAUGCCGAGUCUCACCAACGCCGACCGCCUUGCCCCGACGUACACGCACCAGCACCGUAGCAGCAGCGGCAGCGCACCCACGCAGCGGCGGCUGCUGCCGGGGACCAACUCGCUGAAGCUGGACAGUCCGACGCCGGUGGUGAGCACCACGUGGACCGCUGGGCGGUCGCUGACGGGCAGCCGAACACCGCCUCCCCUGCCUGCGCCGGUGUCCUACGCAGCAGCAACAGCCUCGAUGAGACAGCCACAGCAGCCAAAGUCAGUUCCGCCCUCGAAGCCUCCGCUCACGCAGCGGGCAGCCGGUCGACUGGCAGCGCCGCAGCCGGCCAUCACACGUGUCGUGCCGAACACCCGCAGCGGCACCUCCUCCGUCGUCGCGGACGGACCGACGCGGUCGCCGUCGCCGGUAGAUCCUAAACGCGGCAACGCAGGGCCACGGCGCUUCAUCUUUACGGGGCUGAAGGACGGAGAGCCGCAGCGGCUGACAGCCGCCAUCGAACAGCUCGCGGACGAUGCCGCCGUGCUGACGAGUGAGCUAGACGAGGUACCGCCGACGGCCACGACGCACAUCGUCUUGCGUGGCACGCCGCGCAGUGUUAAAGCCCUCUGCGGCGUUGUCUGCGGCAAGUGGCUUGUCUCGCCGGAAUACAUUCUGAAUAGUCUUGAGAGCGGGUUUUGGUUAGACGAGGCGGAGGAGGGCGGGAUGCGUGUGUUUCCGCCGCCGCUGCAAGGGCAGCGAUUUUUGCUGACGGUGGAGCACGAGGGCAUUCGUGCGAAGCUGGCGCAGGUGAUUGUGUACGGCGGGGGCGAGGUGUUGCCGGUGUAUAGUGGGAAGGUGGCCCAGGACGUGGUGGUGAUCACCUCCGGCGAUGAUCUGCUGCGUUAUGCGACGGAGGUGCACGUGUAA